AAAACGUCAAUUAUGGGAAAUUCUUCUACUACUAAUGGCACAGAGUUACCUUCCUUCACCCUGACUGGCCUCCCAGGGCUUGAAGCCUCCCAACACUGGAUGUUCCUGCUGCUUGGGGCCCUUUACACAGUCUCUAUUGUGGGAACUAGCCUGAUUCUCUUCAUUGUCAAAGAGGAGCAAAGUCUGCACCAGCCCAUGUAUUACUUCUUGUCUCUUCUUUCAGUCAAUGACCUUGGUGUGUCUUUGUCCACACUGCCUUCAGUGUUGGCCACUUUCUGCUUCCAUGCCCAGGAGAUUACUUUUGAUGCCUGUAUGGCCCAGAUGGUCUUCAUCCACCUCUUCUCUUUCAUGGAGUCUGGGAUCCAACUGGCCAGGAGCUUUGAUCGUUAUGUAGCUAUCUGCAACCCACUGAGGCAUUCUACCAUUCUUACUGAUAACCGAGUUGCACCAAUGAGCCUCUUCAUUGGUAUUCGCAGUUUCUGUGUGGUUUUUCCAAUGCCCUUCUGCAAAGCCAACAUCCUGUCCCAUGCUUACUACCUACAUCCAGACCUUAUCCGUCUACCCUGUGGGGACAUCACUAUAAAUAACAUCUUUGGCCUGUGCAUUGUUAUCUCUACCUUUGUCCUGGAUUCUGCUCUCAUCCUCCUCUCCUAUAUUCUUUUUUUUUAA